AUGGCUCCAAAAGUGGGGAAGAUGGUUGGAAAUGGGAAAACUACAAAAAUUUUAGAAACAGGGUGGGUUGGAGGAAAAAAGAUCAAGUUUAAAAGUGAGGAAAUUGACAGCUUAGACCCUCAACCAUUAUGGGUUAGCGACUUAAUAGGGCAAAACAAUGAAUGGGAUAAUAACAUACUAAUCAAAUGGUUUGAACCAAAAGAGGUUAACAUGAUCAAAACCAUUCAUAUCCCAGCUUUUGAUGUAAAAGAUGAAUACACUUGGAAUGGAACAAGCAAUGGGGAAUACUUGAUAAAAUCGGGAUACUGGUUUGGUCUCCACAAGAGAAGUGGAGACUAUGAAACAUCCAAAUUCUGGAAGAGAUUCUGGAGUCAAAACUUCUGGCCAAAAUGGAAAAUUUUCUAUUGGAAGCUAGCUAAUGGUGCUCUUGCCACCGGAGUAAACCUUAGGAAAAGAAAAAUCCUAAGCGAGAGUCCUUGUCCACUUUGUGGAUGUGAAGAGGAGUCGGAUACUCAUCUGUUUAAGGAUUGUGAAAUAACAAGGAGGAUAUGGAGUUGUUCUAGUCUUGGGAUAAACUCUCAACAGCCAAAUAACCUGUCAGUAUAUGUAUGGUCUAGAAACUGGUUGUGGUAUCUUAUGGAUGAUGAACCAAAAAAUGGGGAAAGAACUUUUGAUUUCAUAAACACCCUUUGGUGCAUCUGGCUUUUGCGUAAUAAGAGAAUCUUUAAACCUAGUAGCAAUGCAACACCCAAAGAUUUCUUUGAAAUUGCAAAGCACUGGAAGAUAAGGGGAAACAAAGCCUGGAGGGAUACAGAAGACAUUAUAACUGAACAGGGAAGAUCCAACCGUGAAAAAUCAAAAGACCCCUUCUGGUGGGGUUAUAACUGGGCAAACCAAGAGGAACAUGCCACGAUGAUAGUUGAUGGCGCCUGGAAAAUAAAUAGUCAGGACGAGGAUGAUCCAGGGAAAGCGGCCUUUGGAUGGUUUUUCCAGGACAGAAACGGAGAAAUAGCAAAAGGGAAUCAGGUCAUUUGCGCAAGUUCAGCUUUACAAACAGAAGCGCUAGCAGUACUCCUUAGCAUGAAGGAAAGCCUCAAGAUGGGGUAUAGAAAUAUUGAAGUUUGGACGGACUCAAAAUUGCUGGUGGCGGGACUGUAUGAGGAAAAGAAGGCGGCUUCGAAUAUCAGAACCAUCAUCCUUGAUAUCCGUGAAACAGCAAAGAUUUUUAACUCUAUUAGAAUCCUAAAUGUUAUUAGAGAGAAAGUAAGUAUAGCCCAUUCUAUUGCUGUAAAAGCGAGAAGAAAGGGCAGUAGUUUGUAA